AUGGAAAAUCCAAAUAAUAACGAUAAUAUUAAUAAUAAUGAUAAUAAUAAUAAUAAUGAUAUAGAAAAUAAUAAUAUUAAUAACAAUGAUAAUGAUUUAAAAAAUGAUAUUGAAAAUAAUAAUAAUAAUAAUAAUAAUAAUAUAGAAAUAAAUAAUGACACAGAAAAUAAUAAUAUAGAAAAAAAUAAUGAAGAUGGAAACAGUACCACCACCUCAACCUCUAAUACUACCACCAGUACCAGCGAUACAACAAAUGGAAAUACUGCUGAUGCCACAGUCGAAAAAAUUUUAGAAAGAAAACAAAAAGAAAGAGAAAGCAAAUUAGCUUCGAUGAUGGGUCACUACCAAAGAAAAUAUUCACAACCAGCAACACCAACAUUUACUUCAAGUGGUAUUGGGAAUGACGAUGACAAUGAUGAUAAUGAUAGUAACAACAAUAAUAAUAAUGAUGAAUUAAAAUCAAAUUAUAAUUCAACACUUUUAGAUGAUGAUGAUGAUGAUGAUGGUAGUGAAGAAUAUAAAAAAGCACAAUUAAAAAGAAAACAAAUGUUAGCACAAAAAAAAAAAGAAUUAUUAGCAGAACAAAUGAAAAAGUAUAAUCAACAAUAUGAUAAUAUUAUAUCUGGAGUAAACACAAUUUUAUCACCAACAUCUUCCUCAUCUUCAUCAAAUACCA